AGGGCCCCCGCCACAGCGAAAUCGACCCUUUUCCUCUGAAAAGGGUCGAUUUUGCUAUUUUUUUGAGCAAAAGGUCGUUUUUGCUAUUUAAUUUUGAAAAAGUGGUGUUUUUAAAAAUUUGACCUUUUUAAUAUUUCACCUGAUUCUCCUUCAAGAACCAAUUUUCCAGAAAUCCGAUAUAAAAUCCGUUGCAAUUACCCGUUUUCCAUUUGUGAUGGAGAAUUCAAACUGCCGAAAUGUCCGAAACAUUUGCAUUCUUGCUCAUGUCGAUCACGGCAAAACAACACUUGCUGACCAUCUCAUUGCAGCUUGUGGCGGUGGAGUUCUGCACCCUAAACUCGCUGGAAGACUUAGAUUCCUGGAUUAUCUUGAUGAGGAACAGCGACGAGCUAUUACUAUGAAAAGCUCUUCGAUUGCUCUUCAAUACAAAGACCAUUCGAUCAAUCUCAUUGAUUCACCAGGGCAUAUGGAUUUUUGUGGUGAAGUCUCUACUGCUGCGAGAUUAAGUGAUGGAGCUCUUGUGUUGGUUGAUGCGGUCGAAGGGGUUCAUAUACAAACACAUGCAGUUCUUCGUCAGGCUUGGGUUGAGAAGUUGACUCCUUGCUUGGUUAUUAAUAAGAUUGAUAGGUUGAUUACGGAGCUGAAGUUGAGUCCGAUGGAAGCUUAUACUCGAUUGCAGAGGAUUGUUCAUGAGGUAAAUGGGAUUGUGAGUGCAUACAAGUCAGAGAAAUAUCUAUCCGAUGUUGAUUCUCUCCUUGCAGCAACGAUCGGUGAUGACUUGGGCGAAGAAUUUGUAGAGGAUGACGAGGAGGAUACGUUUCAGCCUCAGAAGGGGAAUGUUGCUUUUGUGUGUGCUUUGGAUGGAUGGGGUUUUAGUAUUAACCAGUUUGCAGAUUUUUAUGCGUCUAAGCUCGGAGCGAGCAGUAAUGCGCUAUUAAAAGGUUUAUGGGGUCCUCGAUAUUUUAACACGAAGAAGAUGAUGAUUGUGGGGAAGAAGGGGAUGGAGGGUGUUAGUAAAGAUCCUCAGCCUAUGUUUGUUCAGUUUGUGCUUAAACCUCUUUGGCAAGUUUAUCAAGGAGCUUUGGAGGCCGAUGGAGAUAAAGGGUUGCUAAAUAAGGUCAUCAAGAGCUUUAAUUUGUCAGUUCCGUCCCGUGCACUCCAGCAUAAGGAUCCAAAGGUUGUACUGCAAUCUGUAAUGAGCCGCUGGCUUCCUUUAUCUGAGUCAAUUUUGUCUAUGGUUGUUAAGUGCAUUCCUGAUCCAGUCGCUGCUCAGUCUUUUCGGAUUGCAAGAUUGCUUCCAAAGAAAGAGGUAGUUGAAAAAGACCCUGAUUUAAGCUCUGUUAUUUCUGAGGCUGAGCAUGUGAGGAAGUGUGUUGAGAAUUGUGAUUCUAGUGCUGAGGCUCCUUGCAUAGCCUUUGUUUCGAAAAUGUUUGCAGUUCCAAUGAAGAUGCUUCCUCAAAGAAGUUCCGAUGGUGAAGCCCUGAAUCACAAUUCUAAUGGUGAAAUUGGAGAAUCUGAUGAGUGCUUUCUUGCAUUUGCUAGGAUUUUCAGCGGGGUUCUUCACUUGGGUCAGAAGGUUUUUGUGCUUUCGGCUUUAUAUGAUCCAUUGAAUGGAGAAUCAAUGCAAAAACAUGUGCAAGAAGCAGAGAUUCAAUCGUUAUAUCUUAUGAUGGGUCAAGGUCUCAAGCCUGUUUCCUCUGCUAGUGCUGGCAACAUAGUGGCAAUUCAGGGGCUGGGGCAAUAUAUUUUGAAGAGCGCCACACUUUCAUCCACUAAAAAUUGCUGGCCUUUCUCAAGUAUGAUGUUUCAGGUUUCACCAACUCUUAGAGUGGCUAUUGAGCCUUCAGACCCUGCUAAUAUGGGUGCACUAAUGAAAGGGUUGAGGCUUCUCAACAGAGCUGACCCUUUUGUAGAAGUUACUGUUUCUGCUAGAGGUGAACAAGUGCUUGCUGCUGCUGGAGAGGUUCAUUUAGAGAGAUGUAUAAAGGAUUUGAAAGAAAGAUUUGCCAAGGUAAGCUUGGAAGUUUCCCCUCCACUUGUAUCCUAUAAAGAAACAAUUGAAGGGGAAGGAUUCAGUUUCUUAGACGACUUGAAUUUAAAGGGAUCACUUGCUAAUAGUACCCAAUAUGUUGAAAAAACCAUUUCAAAUGGAAGGUUCCUUGUGAGGGUGCAAGUCCUAAAACUCCCGUCUGCUCUAACAAAAAUACUUGAAGACAGUGGUGAGAUUUUGGGAGAUAUAGUAGAUGGGAAGUCUAGCAAGAUAAAUGGAAGCUUGGAAUCUCGCAGGUCUCUUGAUGACAGCGAUUCUGUUGGAACUCUGAGAAAGCGCAUCAUUGACUCUUUAGAGUCGGAGUUGGAAACUGUUGUGAAAAGCGAUAAAGAAAAAGGUGAUAAGUACAAAAGCUUAUUUUUGCAGUGUCUGCAGAGGAUUUGGUCUCUGGGUCCUGGGCAUGUUGGGCCUAAUAUCCUUGUUGUUCCUGACUCAAAAGCAAGUGAUGUUAUUUACUCGAGCGGGGGCCAAAGGGGAAUUCUUAUACGCGGGUCAUGUCAUGUCUCUGAAAGACUAGGGUUUCUAAAGGAAAACCUCACAAUUUAUUCAAAUGUCGAAGAAUCAAGUGGUGAAGCCAGGUCCUUAUAUGUUGAAGCUGAGGGUCUCAAAAGCAGUAUAGUAUCAGGGUUUCAGUUAGCCACUGCAGCUGGACCAUUAUGUGAUGAACCUCUGUGGGGUCUAGCAUUUGUCAUCGAACCUUAUUUAUUUUCAGACAAUUCUGAAUCUUUAAAUCAUGCUGGGCAACACGCUAGCCUUAGUGGACAAGUUAUGACUGUUGUGAAAGAAGCUUGUAAGUCAGCGGUGCUUCAAAACAAACCGAGGCUUGUGGAGGCAAUGUAUUUCUGUGAGUUGAACACACCGACAGAGUAUUUGGGGUCAAUGUAUGCUGUUCUUUCUAGAAGAAGGGCAAAGGUGUUGAAAGAGGAGAUGAAUGAAGGCUCUUCUCUGUUUACUGUUCACGCAUAUGUACCUGUUUCAGAGAGUUUUGGGUUUGCCGAUGAGCUUAGGAGAUGGACAUCUGGGGCUUCGAGUGCUCUUUUGGUAUUUAGUCAUUGGGAAGAAUUGGCAGAGGACCCAUUCUUUGUUCCUAAAACUGAAGAGGAAAUUGAGGAGUUUGGAGAUGGUUUGAGUAUUCUUCCAAAUAUGGCUCGGAAGCUCAUGAAUGCAGUCAGACGAAGGAAAGGGCUUCCGGUGGAGGAAAAGGUUGUGCAGCAUGCAACCAAGCAGAGGACGCUAGCAAGGAAAGUAUAACUGUAAGUUUUUAGAGGUUUAUUCAUUACUAAUUUUUGUGACUGCAAUGUGCAUGCUUGAAAUAUUCUGAUAUGAAUAUCAGAAAUGUAGUCAUGGAUGAAUUUUGUUUGUUUGUUUUUGAGUUUGGUUUCAAAAUUUUGCCUGUUCCUGGUGACAGUGUUGUAAAAUCAUUAUGUGCAUCCGAAUCUGUGUUUUUUA